AUGCCGUCAGACCCGCCGCUAAGCGAUAAGCUAUCCAAAUUGAGCCCCAACCCCAACUCUGAUCCCACAUUGGAGCUAACCGAGUCGCUGGAGUCGGAAUUACUUGAUGAUGACGUUGAAAGGCCGAUAGACAACUGGGCCGGUUGUUUCAGGGAGGCUAGCAAGUUGUUAAGUAGCAUCGUUUUGUCGACUCAUAGUUACGAUUCUGACUUUGUAUAUCUGAUCGAGAAUUCAUCUAUACCCGACCCUUUCUGGUAA